UUAAGCGGCAAACAAUGUCUGAGUCGAUGGAAGAAGUGUGGACAAUCGUUGCUAAAAAUGUCAUAAUAUUGUAAUGUUAGACACGUCGUGUUAUUGAAUUUUUUGCUCAAUUGGAGUUAAAACCUGUAUGGCACUUGAUGUAUGACAGCUGAGGAAAAUGACGUCUAUUAUCAAACUGACUGCUGUGUCAGGGGUGCAGGAGGAGUCUGCCCUCUGCUACCUGCUGCAGGUGGAUGAGUUCCGCUUCCUCCUGGACUGUGGCUGGGAUGAGAGCUUCUCCAUGGACAUCAUUGAUUCCAUGAAAAGGUAUGUCCACCAGGUUGAUGCGGUGCUCCUCUCACAUCCUGACCCCCUGCACCUGGGGGCCCUGCCCUAUGCUGUGGGCAAGCUGGGCCUAAACUGCCCCAUAUAUGCCACCAUCCCCGUCUACAAGAUGGGUCAGAUGUUCAUGUAUGACCUGUAUCAGUCGCGCAACAACACUGAGGACUUCAACCUGUUCACCCUGGAUGAUGUGGACUGUGCUUUCGACAAAAUCCAGCAGCUGAAGUACUCCCAGAUUGUCAAUCUGAAAGGGAAAGGACAUGGUCUGUCCAUCACUCCACUUCCUGCUGGUCACAUGAUCGGAGGGACCAUCUGGAAGAUUGUGAAGGAUGGUGAGGAGGAGAUUGUUUACGCGGUGGACUUCAACCACAAAAGAGAGAUCCACCUGAAUGGGUGUACGUUGGAGUCGGUGAGUCGUCCCUCUCUUCUCAUCACAGACUCGUUCAACGCUACAUACGUGCAGCCGCGUCGCAAGCAAAGGGACGAGCAGCUCCUUACCAAUGUAAUGGAGACCCUACGCGGCGACGGCAACGUGCUGAUCGCGGUGGAUACGGCAGGCCGUGUACUGGAGCUGGCUCAGCUGCUGGACCAGAUCUGGAGGACAAAGGACGCCGGGCUGGGGGUCUACUCUCUGGCCCUACUCAACAACGUCAGCUACAACGUGGUGGAGUUCUCCAAGUCUCAGGUGGAGUGGAUGAGUGACAAGCUGAUGCGCUGCUUCGAAGACAAGCGCAACAACCCCUUCCAGUUCCGUCACCUGUCCCUGUGCCACAGCCUGGCCGACCUGGCCCGCGUGCCCAGCCCCAAGGUGGUGCUCUGCAGUCAGCCCGACCUGGAGUCUGGCUUCUCCCGUGAGCUCUUCAUCCAAUGGUGUCAGGACGCCAAGAACUCUGUGAUCCUUACCUAUCGUACCACGCCCGGCACCCUGGGCCGCUACCUCAUCGACAACCCCGGGGAGAAGAUGCUGGACCUGGAGAUUAGGAAACGGGUGAAGCUGGAAGGCAGAGAGCUGGAAGAAUACCUAGAGAAAGAGAGAAUGAAGAAGGAAGCUGCCAAAAAACUUGAACAAGAAAAAGAGGUGGACGUGGACUCCAGUGAUGAGAGCGACAUGGAGGAUGACCUGGAGCUGCCGGCGGUGGUGAAAACCAAACACCACGAUCUCAUGAUGAAGGGAGACGGCGUCCGCAAGGGCAGCUUCUUCAAACAGGCCAAGAAGUCUUACCCCAUGUUCCCCACCCACGAGGAGAGGGUCAAAUGGGAUGAGUACGGAGAGAUCAUCAGACCGGAGGACUUCCUGGUACCAGAGCUCCAGGCCACUGAGGAGGAGAAGAACAAGCUGGAGUCGGGCAUGGCCAACGGGGACGAACCCAUGGACCAGGACUCCUCAUCCAAAGUACCCACCAAGUGUACCUCCACUACGGAGAACCUAGAGAUCAAAGCCAGGGUGACUUACAUCGACUACGAGGGCCGCUCGGACGGCGACUCCAUCAAGAAGAUCAUUAACCAAAUGAAACCUCGGCAGCUGGUGAUCGUGCACGGCCCCCCUGAGGCCAGCCUGGACCUGGCCGAGUCCUGCAAGGCCUUCACCAAGGACAUCAAGGUCUACACGCCCAAGCUGCAGGAGACUGUGGACGCCACCAGUGAGACACACAUUUACCAGGUGCGGUUGAAAGACUCACUGGUGAGCUCGCUGCAGUUCUGCCGCGCCAAGGACACAGAGCUGGCGUGGAUCGAUGGCGUACUGGACAUGCGCGUGGUCAAGGUGGACACAGGCGUGCUGCCUGAGGAGGGCAUGGUGAAAGGCGAGAAGGGAACUGGCGAGGAGGUUGUGGAAGACAGUGAGCUGGCCAUGGACGUGACCCCUGCUGACGAUGCCACCACAGACCAUAGCGUGGUGGCGCAGCAGCGCGCCAUGAAGACGUUGUUUGGCGAGGAUGUGCGCGAGCUGUCGGAGGAGAGUGAUGUCAUCCCUACCCUGGAGCCUCUGCCUGCCCACGAGAUCCCAGGCCACCAGUCAGUGUUUAUCAACGAGCCGCGCCUGUCCGACUUCAAGCAGGUGCUGUUGAGGGAAGGCAUCCAGGCUGAGUUUGUGGGAGGAGUGCUGGUGUGUAACAACAUGGUGGCCGUCCGCAGGACGGAGGCAGGGCGCAUCGGCCUGGAAGGAUGCCUGUGUGAUGACUAUUAUAAGAUCCGUGAGCUGCUGUAUCAGCAGUAUGCUGUGGUGUAGGAGAGAGGAGCAACAUGCAGCAGAGAUGGUGUCAGUCAUGACAGUAUCACACAGACGGGAUGGAGGGGAGCGAGGACUAUUACCCAGAGGACCACAGGGUUCUAGGUAUUCUCCACACACAGGCUACCUGAGCUCCCGUCGGGAGCCUCUCCAGAUGUUUGAAUUCCAACUGCUGUGUUGAUUUGUCCUUUUUCCCCCCCAUUUAAAAAUCUGUUUACUGUUUAUUGUGCGUCUUUCCCCACCGCAGUGAGAGACAGAUGGGCUUUUCUGGAGUGACCUCUUCUUGAUGUGAACACAUGAUGUAACCCUUAUGGUCAUUUUUACCUCUCCUCAAGCCCCCUCGGCUCUGGACUGGGCUGGCGAGGUGAAAGCUUACCACACGCUGGAGAGUCCCAACAUCGUUGGACGUAGGCUGGAAUGGUUCAUCUGUUGUUGUUUUCUCAUUAAAGCUGCAAUGUGUAAUGUUUUGGGUGACCCAACCAAAUUCACAUAGAAAUGGGAGUUUUUGAUCUGUCUUUCUCAUUGAAAGCAAGUCUAAGAAGUGAUAGAUCUGUUGUAUUUCUAUGCUUCCCAUUAAGUUUUGUUUUUUCAUCUUUUACUUUCGGGUUCAUACACCAGCUUCUAACAGCCAAAACUGCUAUAUUUUGGGUUAUUGAAAAGAUAUUUCACCAUGGUUUAGAUGGUACAAUGAUUCUCUACAGUGUACAUUGUUUGUUUUGUCCCACAAACUGAGAUUAGGAGAACUAUUAGAAUUUUAGCAACCAGGAAAUUGCGACUCAAUUACUGCAUAUUGGACCUUUAAAUGACCUUUUCUGAACAAAUAAAUGUUUGUUUCCUAUAUAUUUUUCCGUGGGUCGAGAGAGGGGAACGAGAUGUGUAUACGCUGUCGGCAGGGUUGGGGUCAAUUCAGGAAGUGAACCAUGUUUCAAUGAGGUCCAUUUUUUAAAAUUGUUUUUUUGUUUAUUUUCAUUUUUACUUCCUGAGUUGAUUAAAUGGAAUUGAAAUGAAAUUGCCUGUAUGUAAGCAAGUACCAUUACAGGGGCUUUACUAAAUGGUACUGCUGCAAUUACAGUAUGACACCACCAGAUGGAGCCAUGUUUCAUCCAUUCUGUCUGCCUCAGAUUCCCUUUAUCAAGUGUGUUCACACAGCAGCAAUUCCAGGGUUAGAGAUGACAUUGUCCCUGCAGUAAUAUCUUGGUAAAUUAGAAUAAUGCACUGUCAUGUACAUAACACGCUAGAAUAGUCCAUUCUCUCAUGCUUGUAUUUCAGGUAACUGAAAUGAGGUUUAUUAUGAGACCGAGAAAAGUAAAAAUGGAUUUUAAAAUGG